AUGCCGCCACCCAAUUUCCAUGAACAGAUUCAGGUCGAUACAAGUGAUGAAGAUUCUCUCUACGAUGUCGAUUCCGUAGCUGACUCGAGCCUCUCUUUCGCGUCUACCGUUCGAGACUACUACUAUGAAAAUGGCCGUCGGUACCAUGCAUACCGCUACGGCCAGUACCCGAUCCCCAAUGACGAAGAGGAGCAGGAUCGCUUAAACAUCACCCAUCACCUCUUCAAACUUUUAACUGGGGGCGAUCUGUACCGCACCCCUCUCGCCCAACAAUCUGCUCCAAGGCGCAUCCUGGACAUUGGCACCGGGACAGGCGCCUGGGCGCUAGAGAUGGCGGAGGAGUUCCCCGAGGCCGAGAUUGUCGGCACCGAUCUGAGCCCAAUCCAGCCGAGCUUCUCGCCGCCCAACUGCACGUUUAUUAUCGACGACGCGGAGAGCGAUUGGGCAUUUCCCAAGGAUGAGAGCUUUGAUUACAUUCACGCCCGCUCUAUGGGUGGUGGUAUAGCCGACUGGGAACGGUUGUUCCGGCAGGCUUAUAACCAUCUCAAACCCGGUGGUUGGAUUGAAUGCCAGGAGUUCGAAGCCGAGAUACACUCGGAUGAUGGCACCGAGGAAAUGGCCCCGAUGCUGCUAGACCUGGGUAGAAAGCUAGACGAGGCUAGCAGGAAAUUCGGGAAGCGCAUGAGCAUUGCUUCUUCGCUUUCCGGGUGGAUAGAGGGGACUGGGUUUACCAACGUUACCGAAGAUAUCUACAAGUGUCCAGUAGGCUCGUGGCCUAAGAGUCCGCGCCUCAAAGAAAUUGGUCGCGUCAGCAAGGUCGCAGUAAUCGAAGCCAUCGAGCCGUAUUCAUUAGCUCUCCUUACAAGAGUGCUUGGAUGGACCUACGAACGUGCCCAAGACUAUGUCAACAAAUGUCGCCGGGAGGCACUUAACUCCUCAUGCCAUAUAUACGUGCUAUACUACUUUGUGUAUGCACAACGACCUCUAUGA